AUGUGGAAAGUGGCAAUAUGGCUUUGUUUCCUUCUUAACUACCAAGAUGGGCCAUGGAAAGGGAAAUCAACUGUAGGUAAUACAGCAGCGUUUAAAGUCUGUGCAAUAUGUAACAACAUGGCACUGUUCACGUCAUUGAGCAUUGUUAUUCUUUUCGUUAGCAUCAUACCUUACCAGAGGAAACCCUUGAAAAAAUUACUAGUGGCCACGCACAGGAUGAUGUGGGUUUCUGUAGGGUUCAUAGCAACGGCUUAUGUUGCGGCAUCUCGGGUGACCAUACCUCAUUUCCCCAGAUCACGAUGGUUGUUUCCGGCUAUUGUCUCCAUUGCUGGUGGAUCAUUGACGGUUCUCUUUUCUUAUCUAGGAGUUGAGACAAUCAGUCAUUGGUUUAAGAAGAUGCAUCGCGUACGAGGAGGACUACCGGUUUGUUUUAUCAAGAAAACCUGUGUCAGAGAUAUACCUCCCAUUACAAGGGCCAGCUCAGAUCAUACUCAUACAAUGCCUUCCCUUGCAAGGACAUCCUCAGACUUAACCACCUCCGAAGGAUCAGGUUACUUCACCUAUUGA